AUGAUAACUCUGAGUGAAUUUGACUUUUUCAGGGAGCUUCCCUUUUCCAUCGUUCUAGGUUUAACAGGAAUGUUUGGUACUCAGCUACUGUACCUCCUCUGUAUUUACUACACUAACGCAAACAUAGCGUCCAUAUCGCAACCUGCAAUCCCCGUGUGGACAGCAUUACUUGCAAUAAUUGUGCGCAUUGAGCCGUUUCCAGACUUCCGUACUUUGCUCGGCUGAGCCAAGUCCAUGGGGAUUCUCUUCAGUAGCUGCAACUGGGGCUGUGGCCAUAUCAAUGGGAAAAGCAUUUGACCAAGCAUUGGACCCAAAUAGAUCAACCUCUUCUGGUAGCGUUCAUCUCAUAUAUUUCCCCUAGGAAGUACUUUAUCCAUGGCGGUGUACGUGCUCCUUCAGAAAAAGUUUACCUUUGACAAAGAGGACUCUUGUUGGAAAACAAAACCUAUGGCAGUCACUGCGUGGAGUUAUCUGCUCGGCGCGAUGUUUUUUACCAUCGCAUCGCUUUGCUACAUCAACAAGCCAGAAAAGUUCACGGAUUUUGCUCAACAUGCUAAAGAGGAGGUCUACCCAAUUCUGUACGGUAUAGUAAUUACCUCUGGCUUGUGUUUUCUUUUGAUUUCCUAGUGUAACAUGCAGAUAUCUGCGUCACUUGUGAAAGCCACAUGGCCUCUUCAAGUUUUAUUCUGCACCAUUUUGUCCUACUUGGUAUUAGGCGAAGUGCUGAAGACUCUAGAAUACAUUGGGGGUGUGACCAUCGUUGUUGGACUCUUCAUGGCAAUCGGGUCAAAUUUUAUGCGAGAAAAAAGCAGAAAACAAGAGAAGGAAGACUCACAUAAUUCUGUCGACUGUUUAAAUUUGUGUCGGUCAGAUGAUUUUGUGGCAAAAUGCUAA